CCGCCCUCUCCGCCAUCUUAACAUGGGGCACUCUGGACGGCCGUCGACUCGAGUGAAGCCUUUUUUGAGGCCUUCUUGGUUGAGGGCGGAAGGGAGCGCUGCGUGGUGCGGGCGGGCGCUUGAAGAGCACACGCUCGUGUCGGAGCGGCGCUCAACAUGCUCCGUCGGGAGGCUCGCCUGCGCCGCGAGUACCUGUACCGCAAGGCCCGGGAGGAUGCGCAGCGAUCCAUUCAGGAGAAGAAGGAGCGAGUCAAGCGUGCCCUAGAAGAAAACCAACUGAUUCCCACUGAGCUACGCCGGGAGGCUCUAGCCUUACAGGGGUCCCUGGAGUUUGAUGAUGCUGGCGGGGAAGGUGUGACCAGCCAUGUAGAUGAUGAGUACCGAUGGGCUGGGGUUGAGGAUCCUAAGAUCAUGAUCACUACCUCUCGAGACCCCAGUUCUCGUCUGAAGAUGUUUGCAAAGGAAUUGAAGCUGGUGUUCCCGGGUGCCCAGCGCAUGAACCGAGGUCGGCAUGAGGUUGGAGCACUGGUGCGAGCAUGCAAAGCCAAUGGGGUCACUGACCUUUUGGUUGUUCAUGAGCAUCGAGGCACACCUGUGGGGCUCAUUGUCAGCCAUCUGCCCUUCGGUCCCACCGCCUACUUCACACUGUGCAAUGUGGUCAUGCGGCACGACAUCCCUGACCUGGGCACCAUGUCAGAGGCUAAGCCUCACCUCAUCACUCACGGCUUUACCUCCCGGCUGGGCAAGCGGGUGUCUGACAUCCUUCGUUACCUGUUCCCUGUGCCAAAAGACGACAGCCACCGGGUCAUCACCUUUGCAAACCAGGACGACUACAUUUCAUUCCGGCACCAUGUCUACAAGAAGACAGACCACCGCAAUGUUGAGCUGACUGAGGUUGGGCCUCGAUUUGAGCUGAAGUUGUACAUGAUUCGCCUGGGCACACUGGAGCAGGAGGCCACAGCGGACGUGGAAUGGCGCUGGCACCCCUAUACCAACACUGCCCGCAAGAGGGUCUUCCUGAGCACCGAGUGAGCUGCCCGCCCGCCCACCAGUCAGGCAGGAAUUGCUCACAGACGUUUUUUUUUGUUUUUUUGGGGUUUUUUUUUUUUUUUGGUUUUUCGAGACAGGGUUUCUCUGUGGCUUUGGAGGCUGUCCUGGAACUAGCUCUUGUACACCAGGCUGGCCUCGAACUCACAGAGAUCCGCCUGCCUCUACCUCCCAAGUGCUGGGAUUAAAGGCGUGGGCCACCAACGCCCAGCUCUCACAGACAUUUAUAAUCCCAAGUGGGGACUGGAAAGAUCUAAAUAAAUCCUCUGUCAUCAUGCUACCCAACUGCCUCUAACUGGUCACAGUGGACCUACUCUCUGUCAGGCCAAACGUGAAAGAUGAAGCCCAUGGAGUGUCCAUGGGUUGAAGACCUUCUGACUGUGGAGUGUCCUCAGGCCUAGUUUUAUGUGGAGUAUAAACAGUCCCUCUCAGGCUGGGGAUGGUGGUACAGACUCCCCACUGGAAAAUGCGUGGUGUCUCUGAGAGUUGGGCCCUGUGAGCACUUAUUUAGAUGGUUUAAGGGUGAGUCUUUUUCACCAGCAGCAAGUUGACCCCAUUCAAGUGCCGGCCUAACUUAGCAGUUCAGUGGGGUCCCUGUGCCAAGUAGAUGCAUCCUCCCUCUUUUAUAGGAGGCAUGGUGACACUUGUGCAUGGGCCUAUCCAACAGCGCACAGGGAGGUGCCUCAAGGUUCUAAGUCUGUGCCCCAGCCCCUCCCAACCCCUUCCCUGUACCCACAACCUGUGCAUCUCCAGGGAUCCUGGGUUUGUGUAGAGUGGUUGUCAAGACCCUGCAUUGCCCGAGAGUUUACAGAGAGAAUUGGCGAUGAGAUCCAUCGUGCAGGUAGAAGGAGGCCUCUGAGGAAGCAUGUCAUGACAGGAUAAGGCAGAUGUCUGCAUGGAAUCAUGAAAGCCCAGUGAUGGUGUGAGAUAGCAGAAGCCAUCUGGAUGGCUUGUGCAAGGGCCUUGAGGCCCACUAAGAAGAGCUGAAAGGGAGACGUAGGACCCACGGAGGCCAGUGUUCUGGAAAGUCUGGGAUGAGGUGACCAUUACAACUCAUGAAUCCUGUUCCUCUGCAAGGCCUCUGGGAUCCUACAUGGCUUUGCUCCAUCCUUGAAGAAUGGACCUAUGUGUGUGUGUUUGUUAAAUUUUAAAACAAGUAAAACCA